GCGGCGGUGUUGGAGUUGGUGUUGCUGGAGCGGGUGACGGUGGAUGCGGUGUUGCGCUGGCUGACCGGCACGACGCAGGAGAGUCCUGUUGAUAUCAACCUUGCUCCGCUUCAUUUCUUACGGAAAGACUUUGUCCCCUAUCUGCUCAACUUUCUUCGGGAGCAGACCAGCGAGGUUUUAAGUAAUGGACCUUCAACUCCAGCAAAAACCCCAAAUUCUAAGACUGUCCCCAAACCAGUUAGCUCCAGUAGCCAAAGGACUAUCCUAGAGAAGAGACCGAGCCAGCCUUCAGGUCAUCGGGGAAGUAGAGUACAGCUGUUUGCUCAAUCUCCCAAUAGUCCUGGCGCUUCAGAACUAUGGUUCGCUUCUCCAAAUUCAACAAACAGUGACUCCUCUGUUAUGAACAGAUCCAACCUAACAAACUCUUCAAGCAGAGCUUUUAUUCAAUCUAGUCCAACUUCAAGUUGCAGUCCUAUUGCACAUCACAAUGAAAAACGCUCAGCGCAGAAACCAGUUCUUGGCAACUUCUUGGUGUUGACGCCUGAAGGACAGACGGUUCGCCGUGGUCGGAAAAAGAACAAUUCAUCCGGCCGUCAUGUGCCUAAAGACCAAAGUAGAAGAUUGACUGAAAAUGAAUUACAGGGAGAAAGUAAC